CCAGCAAGAGAGAAACGGUGGGACAAACCCUUCUCCAGAAAGCCCAGCUCAGUGAGCCCAAAAGCUCCUCCACAGCUCGGCAGCCGAGCCCCCCAGCACCCCGGGAGGGGCCCAGUUUGUUUCUGGAUGCCUCAGAGCCUCGGGAUGGCAAAAGUGACACAGAGUCCAUGGAAAACAUGAGCCUGGAUGGCAACAGACCUAGUCCCGGUGGCGUGGGGGGAAGGAGGAACUCUCUGGAGAAGGCUGCCCCUCUCAGAGGUGGAAAACAGGCUGCUGUGCCAGCAGGACCUGCUGCCUCCAGCCUGACCCUCCCUCUCCGCUCCAAAACGUCCCUCUCUGACGGGCGGAAGAACCCCCGGCGGGUGUUGAGGCCAGCGGACUACACCAAGUCAGUGAUCGACCUGCGCCCGGAGGACUUUGUGGGGGAAAGCAGCUCUUUGGGGGACAGGAGCAAGUCAGUCCCCGGCCUCAACACAGAGCUGGAGGAGGAGGAGGAGGACAUCGAUAACCUGGUGGAGAUCCAUCGCCAGAGGGUGGCCCGGGGCAGCAUGCGCAGCGGCACCUCCUCGAGUACCCUGGGGAGCAUGGUCAGCAUUUACAGCGAGGCCGGUGACUUCGGCAACGUUGCAGUCACUGGGGGCAUCUCCUUCUCCCUGAGCUACGAGCAGAAGACUCAGACCCUGUUCAUUCACGUGAAGGAGUGUCGCCAGCUGGCCUACGGGGACGAGGGCAAGAAGCGCUCCAACCCGUACGUGAAGACCUACCUCCUGCCCGACAAAUCCCGGCAAGGGAAGCGCAAGACGACCAUCAAGCGCAACACCGUCAACCCCUUGUACAACGAGCUGCUGAAGUAUGAGAUCAGCAAGUCCCUCCUGCUUGCCAGGACGCUGCAGUUCUCGGUGUGGCACCACGACCGCUUCGGCCGCAACACGUUCCUGGGGGAGGUGGAGGUCCCGCUGGACGCCUGGAACUUCAACAGCCACCUGGAGGAGUUUCUGCCCCUACAUGGCAAGAUCGGGGCAGAUGCUGCUGGUCUCCACCAGUACAAGGGGGAGCUGAUCGUCUCCAUGAAGUACAUCCCAUUUUCCAAGCACCCUGGGGCUGGGAAUGGCAGGAAGGGCAAAACAGGGGAAGGUGGUGAGCUCCAGGUCUGGAUCAAAGAAGCCAAGAACCUCACAGCUGCCAAAUCUGGGGGGACUUCAGACAGCUUUGUCAAGGGCUACCUCCUGCCACACAAAAACAAAGCCUCCAAGAGGAAGACGCCUGUGGUGAAGAAGACCCUGAACCCUCAUUACAACCACACCUUUGUCUACAAUGGUGUCAACCCUGAGGAUCUGCAGCACAUCUGCCUGGAGCUGACGGUCUGGGACCGGGAGCCACUGUCCAGCAACGACUUCCUCGGGGGUGUCCGCCUGGGGGUGGGCAACGGCAUGAGCAACGGGCAGGCUGUGGACUGGAUGGACUCCAGAGGCGAGGAGCUGAACCUGUGGCAGAAGAUGUGCCAGUACCCAGGCUCGUGGGCGGAGGGGACGCUCCAGCUCCGCUCCACCAUGGCCAAGCUGAGGCCAUAGGCAGUGGCACCAGCACCAGGACUGGGCCUGGCACCACUGCUCGGGAGCCACACUCACCACACAGCCUGGCAGGGCUGCCAAACGUGGGUUGGUUUGGGUUUUUUGCUUACACUUCAAUAAACAUGACCUUCUCUAAA